AUGGUGGGAACAGUGAUGCCAGUCCGUGAGAUCACGGUCAACAACGAUGAUGGCAGUGUCACGAUAUACGGGGAAACGAGGUUCCCCAACGACGACGAUGACGUUGAGUCUCUCCAGAAGGGGAAGAAGCAAAAACUCGGAUUUUCGAAACAUUUCCAAGAGCCGCCCAUUGUCGUUAUGAGCGCUGCUACAAACUGCCACUACGAGCAUCACGCUGGAGACGUCCAUCUCCUCGCACAUGUGCGCAUCGAAGGCAAUUUGCACCCGGGCAUCAAGACUGAUGGGUUUUUCAUCAUAACCCAUGAGAGCCAUGAUGGCCAGAUUUUGGUCAAUUGGAUUGCUACGGGAUAUUUGGAAGAGUAG